UGUAACAUUUUAAAAAUAUCUAUUCAGUGUAAUAAAUGCUAUUUAUUUCUCCAUCGUUUGUUUGAAGAAAGGCUGCUGAGAGGAAAUAAAACCCUCCGAAAAAAUAAAAAAAACAAUCCGCAGUGUUGAUUGAUCCGGACAUUCAUUCAUCUGAUUUGUUCAUUUAAACCUGUUCCCUGACGUAACUUUCACAUUUCUGUUUGUAUUAUUUAUUUAUCUCGCCCCGACAUCGCCGCUACAGCAUCUCUUGGCUCCUUAAUGUGACCGCCUCGGUGCCGAGCAGUCACCAGGGGGCAUGCACAUAGUAAUAAUAAUAAUAAUGCAUUUCAGGAAAGCCUGCUAAUACGACGAGCCUCCAUCGUUCCCACCACACGGCCGUGGUGUGAUGGAGAUGUGCGCUUAGGCUUCAUGUGUCCGGCGGGUCUGCCCCUGGCUUUUUUUUUUCUUGGGGAAGAUCAUAUUGGAUCAUAUUGUUUGCAGGACGCUGUUCCUCCUGCAGCCCCCCAGUCCAUCCCGACGUAGUUGUGAAUUGAACAUGGCGACUGUACCAGUAUAUUGCAUCUGCAGAUUACCUUACGACGUGACCCAGUUUAUGAUCGAGUGCGACGCCUGCAAGGACUGGUUCCACGGCAGCUGUGUUGAGGUGGAUGAAGAUGACGCUCCAAAUAUCGACAUAUAUCACUGCCCAAACUGCGAGAAGACCCAAGGCAAAACCACACUGAAAAAGAAAAAGAACUGGAGCAAACAUGACACGGGGCAAAGCACUGACAUCAAGGCUGUUCAGAACGGCAGUCAGGUGUUCAUAAAGGAGCUGCGCAGCAGGACCUUUCCCAGCGCGGACGAUGUGGUGGUGAAGCUGAGCGGCAGUCAGCUGACCAUGGACUACCUGGAGGAGGGCGGCUUCAACGAGCCAAUCCUGGUGCAGAAGAAGGACGGCCUGGGCAUGUCCCUGCCCGCUCCCACCUUCUACAUCAGUGAUGUGGAGAACUAUGUCGGUCCCGACGUCGGCGUGGACGUCGUUGACGUCACCAGACAAUCAGACAGCAAGAUGAAGCUCAAGGAGUUUGUCGACUAUUACUACAGCACGAACAGAAAGAAAGUGUUAAACGUCAUCAACCUGGAGUUCUCUGACGCAAGGAUGAACUCGAUAGUGGAGAGUCCGCAGAUCGUGCGGCGGUUGUCUUGGGUGGGAAACUACUGGCCCGACGAUGCUCUGCUCGGGAAGCCAAAGGUCACCAAAUACUGUCUCAUCUGUGUCAAAGACAGCUACACAGACUUCCACAUUGAGUGCGGCGGCGCCUCCGUCUGGUACCACGUCCUGAAGGGGGAGAAGAUCUUCUUCCUCAUCAAGCCCACCUCCGCCAACCUGUCUCUGUACGAGCGCUGGAGGUCAUCGUCCAAUCACAGCGAGAUGUUCUUCGCCGACCAGGUCGACAAGUGUUACAAAUGCAGUCUGAAGCAAGGCCAGACUCUGUUCAUCCCAUCAGGUUGGAUUAAUGCAAUACUGACGCCGGUCGACUGCCUGGCGUUCUCGGGACACUUCAUCCACAACCUAAGUGUGGAGAUGCAGAUGAGAGCGUAUGAAAUCGAGAAGCGGCUAAAGGUCAGAACUCUCACUCCCUUCGCCAACUUCGAGACGGCGUGCUGGUACGUGGGACGACAUCUCCUCGAACGAUUCAAAGGUUUACACAAAGCAAAUAAGCAGCCAGCCCCAUACCUGAUACAUGGUGCCAAAAUCAUCAAUGGAGCUUUCAGGUCUUGGACUAAAAAACAGGCCCUCUUGGAACAUGAAGACGAGCUUCCAGAGAACAUGAAACCAUCACAGCUCAUCAAGGAUCUCGCCAAAGAGAUCAGAAUGUCAGAGACUGCAACAAAAGCCAUUAAGAGCGAGCCUAGCAUUAAGGCCCCGGUGGAGGAUUCCCCGUCCACCCACUCCGAGCCUGAAGAGCCCGACUCCCCGGCCCCCGUCCCCUCGCCCAGCAGAGAGAAGGCCAGGAAGAAAGCUACCAAACCCCCCAAGCCUCCCAAGCCUCCCAAACCCCCGAAGAUGGCCAAGGCCCACAAGCCUGCGAAGGUUCCCACGGUCAAGGAAGGAGGGAAGAAGAAAGAGAAGAAAGCGAAAGAGUCAUCGCCGCUUCCUAAACCCUCCAGCUUCGCUGCACUUGAGUCCCAUGCGAAGGACAUCUUGAGUAAAAUGGACCAGCCGAAAAAGACAAAGGCUGUGAAGAACGUCCUGAGCAUAUCGGAGAAGGAAAUGUCAAAGCAGAACAACAUGGAGAAGUUUGACAUCAGAGAGCAGAAUAAAAACAAGACCGAAGCGAAAUGGAAGUAUAAGAAUAGUAAACCAGAUUCCCUGCUGAAAAUGGAGGAGUGCAAGUUUGACAGGACACCGUUGUCGGGCAAAAAAGACAGAUUCAGCUUCACCAUGUCACACAAGAAGACACUCGGCUCCAAGACACUGAAACCUCAGACCAACUCAAGUGUUUUUGGAUCAUUACAAAACCUAAAGGAGGACAAAUCCAAGCCGGUGAGAGACGAGUACGAGUACGUCUCCGACGAGGGGGAGCUGAAGAUUGACGAAUUCCCCAUCAGGCGGAAAAAGAACACCAUCAAGAGAGAUCUGUCCUUUUUGUCAGACAUCAAAGAACCCAUUCAGCCAGCCAAGAAACCAAAGUUCCAACCCUCGGUGACCAAGACUUUGGACUCCUCAGACGAAGAGACUCUGCACAUAGACACGGAGGCCAAGUCUGAGGCCAAGUCCGAGGCCAAGUCCGAGGCCAAGUCCGAGGCCAAGUCCGAGGCCAAGUCUGAGGCCAAGCCCGAGGCGAAGAGUCGCAACUCCAAGGUCAAGAAAAAGGGCGGCAGCGCUGCAGGGAUUCUCGACCUGUUGCAGGCGAGCAAGCAAGUGGGAGGGAUUGACUACAGCGCCAACAGUCAGCCACCUGCAUCUCCCAGCACACAGGAGGCCAUUCAGGGCAUGCUGUCCAUGGCCAACCUGUCGUCUUCAGACAGCUUGCAGCAGCCGUGGAGCAACAGCCAGUCCAAGGGCAACAGCCAGUCCAAGGGCAACAGCCAGUCCAAGGGCAACAGCCAGUCCAAGGGCAACAGCCAGUCCAAGGGCAACUCGCACGGCGCGCAGGCCGGCAAGAAGGCCGGCGGCGGCAACAGCAAGCGGCCCACCAAGCGGCUCCCGAAGAAACCCAGGAAGAGCAGCAGCAUCGAGAGUCUGGAUUACGACGACGACCAGGACCACAUGGACGCGUGCUUCAAGGACUCCGACUACGUUUACCCCUCGCUGGAGUCCGAAGAGGACAAUCCCGUUUUCAAAUCCAGAUCGAAAAAACGGAAAAGCAGCGACGACACUCCGUACAGCCCGACAGCACGCGUGGGACCCUCGGUUCCCCGCCAGGAGCGGCCGGCGAGAGACGGAGCCCGAGUGGCCGCCAUCGAAACGGGUCUGGCUGCCGCCGCAGCGAAGCUUUCUCACCAGGAGGAGCAGCAGAAAACAAAGAAGAAGAAGAAAAGCACCAAAAAGAAGGCAAUAGUAGUCGAGGAGCCCCCGAAAAUCUCUCAGGACAGUAGCUCGCCGGAGCACAAUCUGGACUCCCAAGACGGCAGCCUGACGGACCACGAGUUCAACACUGGAACAGUCAAGUCGCCAGCGGGGGGGCCGCAGCCCAUGGCGCCGGGGGUUUUUCUUAGCCAGAGGCGACCGUCGAUGUCUUCUCCCAACAGCACCAACACGACGAGCACCAACAGCGGCGGCGCGGCGAAGGGGGAUCGCGCCGUGUCAGCAGACGCCAAAGCUAAGCGGCUAAAGAAAGGCAUGGCGACGGCCAAACAGAGACUUGGAAAGAUUUUAAAGAUCCAUCGAAAUGGAAAGCUCCUCCUGUAGCAUGCAGCAGCAGACUGCUGUCGGACUGGGAAUUCAUGAGCGGGGUCCCAUCCCAACCUCACCCCCCCCCCCUGUUCACUGAUUAAAGCCAAUAAUGGAGAAAAAACAACAACAUAACAAAACAUCAAGAAAAUCAUGCAUUUUUCAAUUUCUAAGAAGAACAUCACUCAAAUAGGUUUUUGCCUCUACUUUUACUUUAUAACUUUCAGAUAUUAAAGUGUACAGAACCUACUAUAAAUAUUUUUUAAGAGAACAUGUCUCAUUUUACUACAGCUGUCAGUUUAUCAGGGGUCGCUAAAACAUGAAGUAGAAGUACAUUGCCGUCAUUCCAAGAUUUUUUUAAAGUAUCCCUUGCAUGUAUUCAGUUGCAUGCUCCGCUUGGGUCAGGGUUGGGGGAUUUUACACAUUAAUUCCUACUAUAUGGAUGCAGCUUAUCAUUGCCACGCUGGCUGAUGAUCGACGGGUUGACACGGGAAUAAAAAAAUAAAAAUAAAACCUCCUUCCCUCCCAGCCAAGAUUGUCUGUGUGCAUCGCCGGCCGCUUUUUGUUGUUGACUGAAGUCAACCGGAGCUUUUGUCUCUCUGCGUGAACACUUUGGGUUUGCAGAGCACUAUCGGCACCGAUAUUUAUUUAUUGAUGUCGAGUUCAUAGAUUGGCAGUGAGACUUGGAGGAACAACUGGAAAGCACAAGGUCAAUCGCGAGGCUAACAUAGGACUGAAUGUGUUUGGGACACGACGGGUAUCGAACGCGUGACACUACGUGAGACCUGUGGCCAAUGAUAAGCCUCAUCCAUGUCAUGUCUGCAGUUACAUGGGGAUACUUUCUCUCUUCCUUUGCUUUCACAGGCAGCACCGACCACCUCCACUCAUCUCUCAUCGUCUUCACACAGUACAGUAUAUAGAAUGUAGCUUGUAUAUAGCCUUUAAAAUUACUACUUUUUGUAUCCUUUCCCCUUGAGGCUUAAUUCUACAUUUUUACAGUUUUUUGCUCAUUAUUAAAAAAUUCAUAUGAAUAUACAUAUAUAGACUACACUAUAUAUAUAUAUAUAUAGUAUAUAUCUAGUAUAGUCCUGAUUUAUCAACUUUUAUAGUUUUUCUUUUUUAAACAGAUUCAUUUCAACUUUUUAUUUUUUAUUCCGUUCGAUUUAAAAGGUGUUGCCUGGAAAACAACUGAAGAAAUAAUACAUUUUAUUGUCAUAUGGCCUAACAUACACAAAGCUAAUUGUAUUGUGAUUCUGUUUGAACAAGAGACGGAGCUUUGAGGGGCAACAUUAUGUUAAAAAAACAAGAAAAGAAAGAAAAACACUUAAAGUUUCUCUGACCAGCCUCUUGUUCGAGUUCUAGUAUCCUGAAGGGUUUUCGGAAUUAUUUUACUAGCACCUUGUGAAGUGUUUCUGUGUCAGUGAUGUAAUUUAUUAAUGUUUGUAGCUUUUUUAUACUUGUACAAUUCUUAAAGAGCUUUUUGUUCUGUUUUUAAAUAUGUCAUCAACUUAUAAUUGUUUUGGGGGGGAAGUGUGUGUGUGUUUGUGUGUUUGGCACAUUGUACACACUAGAAUCUACAUUAGCAAUUUGUUUUCAAAAGCUCCAUUCAAUCUUCACUCAAUGUCAAUGUUGUCAUGGGAAACAUUUCCAAUGUGUUAUUAUAAUUAUAAUUAUUAUUGUUAAUAUUAUAGUUCUAAGCAGUUGCGUUCACGCCUCCAUCGCACCGUUUUCUUUAGGCCAGGACAAGGAGCUGCAAGUGUUCAUGAACUUCUCCACUGCGCUCCGAUCAAACUGUCAGUGGGACAUUGUCAGGUUUUUAUUUUGUACAAUAUACGUGUGUUGCUUUGUUGUGGUUUAUUUUUCUAUGUCCGACCUAUUAAAAUGCGUCCACUGUGCCCGGGCAGUGAAUGCGACCUGUCGUAGCCGUCUUCCCUCACUGUUAUUCACAGUACUACUAUAGUAAGUAUCUACAACAACACUUUUUGACCUGAAUCUAUAUUUUUCUGUAAUUAGACGAUUCGGGCUCAUCUUUCUUUUCUUUUUUUUCUUCUUUUCUUUUUUUUCAUCAAGGAAAUGGUAAGAUUCCGAGGAAGAAGCAUAUUGUUGUUGGAUGAUAUGACUGUCCGCCUUGUUUACUUUUUGCAAUACAGUUAAUGUGGAAAAAAAACAACAACCCUACUUUGUAAUGUGUUCCUCUCCCACUCUGCAAUGUGACGGCUUCUGUGGUGACGACUAAACGUGUUUUGUUUUUUCUCCCCUG